UGGGAUCCUUUGGGGUAUUUAUCCAUUCCCUCCCUUCCUUUCUUCCCCCCUCCCAGCUCAGCCCGGCUUUCAGAGCCCAGCAAGGUCUGACCUCAGCCUCUUCCUCUCCAGGAUGGACAAUUUUCUUCUCUCCAUCCUGUGCUAAACAAUUCCUGUCCCUGGUCCCUUUUCUCAGAUCCCAAGCACCAUGAGGGCUCGCGCCCCCAUCUCCUCAGCAGGACCAGCCCUGGCCAUCCUCCUGAGCUGCCUGCUCUCCAGGACACACAGCCAGAGCCCAGAGCCCUUCCAGGACAGCACAGCUACCCUGGAGCUGCUGAGCCAGGAGCAUCCCCCUGGGCUGCUGCAGCCUGGCUCCCUGCAGGGCAUCCCAGUGCCCAACGUGUCCCAGGGCAGCCCCUCGGAGCCGCCGCUGCUGCCCGUGUGCGCCCGGCCCGCCGACAUCCGCCACGCCUUCAAGUACAUCAACACCCUGGUGUCCUGCUCCAUCUUCCUGGUGGGCAUCGUGGGCAACUCCACGCUGCUGCGCAUCAUCUACAAGAACAAGUGCAUGAGGAACGGCCCCAACGUGCUCAUCGCCAGCCUGGCCCUGGGCGACCUGCUCUACAUCCUCAUCGCCCUGCCCAUCAACGUCUACAAGCUCCUGGCCAAGGACUGGCCCUUCGGAGUGCAGGUCUGCAAGCUGGUGCCCUUCAUCCAGAAAGCCUCGGUGGGCAUCACGGUGCUCAGCCUCUGUGCCCUCAGCAUCGACAGGUACCGGGCCGUGGCAUCCUGGAGCCGCAUCCAGGGCAUGGGGAUCCCGCUCUGGAAGGCCGUGGAGGUGCUGCUGAUCUGGGCUGUGGCCGUGGUGCUGGCAGUGCCCGAGGCCAUCGCCUUCGACAUGGUGGAGCUGAGCUACUGGGAGCAGCACCUGUGGGUGUGCAUGCUGGCCUCGGAGCAGAAAUCCCAGUUCAUGAGGUUUUACCGGGAUGUGAAGGACUGGUGGCUUUUUGGUUUCUAUUUCUGCCUGCCCCUGGUGUGCACGGGCAUCUUCUACACCCUCAUGUCCUGUGAGAUGCUGAGCAAGAGGAAUGGGAUGAGGAUCGCCCUGAACGACCACAUGAAACGGCGCAGGGAGGUGGCCAAGACCGUGUUCUGCCUGGUGGUGAUCUUCGCGCUCUGCUGGCUGCCCCUGCACCUCAGCCGCAUCCUCAAGAAAACCAUCUACGACCAGACGGACCCCAACCGCUGUGAGCUGCUCAGCUUCCUUCUGGUGAUGGAUUAUUUCGGGAUCAACAUGGCCUCCCUCAACUCCUGCAUCAACCCCGUGGCUCUGUACUUUGUCAGCAGGAAAUUCAAGAACUGCUUCCAGUCCUGCCUGUGCUGCUGGUGCCAGAGGCCAGCCCUGAGCAUCACCCCCACAGAUGAGAAGGGAUCUGCUGGGAAGUGGAAAGCCACGGGGCAGGAGCUGGGGCUGGACAGGAGCAGCUCCCGCCUGAGCAACAAGUACAGCUCAUCCUAAAGCCCUGCCACAUCCAGGACAAGGCACAAGGACAGCAGGACCCCUCCAAUCCUCUCCCAGGCUCCACUGAAUCAGCUUUGCCUUCGUGUCCAACCCAACUGGAAGGAGCUGGAGCAUUCCCCAGCUCCACCCUGACCCCAGGCCCCUCUGCAGCAGAGGGACUCACAUCCUCACAGGAUUCUUCAUUUCCUCACAGGAAAACCAAAGGCACUUCUGGCCAUUGCCUGGGGGUGGAAGGUGGGGUGGGAAUGUGGGAAGGGAAGGAAGGUUGGGGUGCUCACUCUGAGACGGAUGUGGGGUGAGGAAGAGAGGGACAGGGACAAUUCCCAGCUGGAAAAGUCAAGCAAAGCUUGGAGAAAUCCCUGGAGAUGUCCUCAUGGUCAUGUGGAGGUGGGAAAGGCACUGGGGAAGGUCCAAUCUCAGCUGCAAGAGCCACUAGAACCUUACUGAAAUAUGGGAAAGGGCUCUUUAGGAUUUGUUAUUGGCAGUAAUUCAUCCCCCAGGUGAUUUCCCAGCAAUUUUCAAGGCCAGGUUGGACAGGGCUUGGAGCACCCUGAUAUAGUGGGGGGAGUGAAGGUCCCUCCCAACCCACACCAGUCUGGGAUUGCAAUCCCUGUGAUCCCAUCCUAACAUUCUUGCCAGAACUUUCAGGAGAGCUCUGUGAAAAAGUUGUAUUCACCAGGUUUUUAUUUGUUGGUUUUCCCACAGCUCUCUUUUCCCUCUCUCUCUUUUCCUUCCUUCCCCCUUCUACUUUGUCAUGGAAAAAAAUGGAGAGAGGAAAAGGGGAGAAGAGAUGAGACCUGCAAUUAAAACAUUUUCCAGGUGUUGGGGUGGAUUUUUUAGCUUAACUUUCACUGAAAUGUAAAAGUUUUACAAAUAAAUCAUAAAGACAAAUGGUUUCAUGGAAAACAGAGACUGAGGAAUAUCAAGACCAGCCCAUU